GAGUAGAAAUCUCUGUGAACCAAUCAGCAAUACACAGACAUGCUGUGUGAAAUGUGCCUUGAUUGUACGACAGACCUACAAAGAUACAUCGAUCCUCCGUUGUGGUAUUUUAGCGAUAGGUUUCUAUACUUUAUUCACAAUCCUGAGCGUUGAAUCUCCUCAGCAGAGCACAUUGCACUGUGUAGCUUGUCAACUUGGCAAGCAGUGCUCGGUGUGUGAGGAGAGUACUUCUGACUUUGAAAAGGGGCGCAAUUUUCCCCCCUCAGCAAUGGGUAUUUAUUUUGUGUGGUUUUUCUUCCCUUGCUUGGCAAACGCACUUGAGAGAGCAACAGUUGUCAAUGGAAGUUUUGGAAGAUCGGUCGAAAUGCCUAAUAUCUCUCAUUUUUUCCCUUGGACAAAUCACACCUUUGCCAAUUGGCAGAGGUUUUUGGAUGGGAGAAAAUACGGGACCGGAUCCCAAAAUAUUGUUGUGAGGAUCUUUCUCAUUGUGGCGUACUCCUUUAUCAUCAUCUGCUCCCUCUUCGGCAACGUCUUGGUCUGUCACGUUGUGAGCAAAAACAAAAGGAUGCACUUUGCAACGAGCCUGUUCGUUGCCAACCUCGCCGUAGCUGACCUUAUGAUCACCUUUCUCAAUACUCCAUUCACUUUGGCUCGUUUCAUAAACAAUACGUGGAUGUUUGGGAAGGCGAUGUGCCACAUCAGCCGCUUUGCCCAGUACUGCUCCCUCCACGUGUCGGCCUUCACCCUGACAGCCAUCGCGGUGGACAGGCAUCAGGUGGUCAUGCACCCCCUUCAACCUCGGAUCUCUGCCACCAAAGGCCUCAUUUCUAUUGGCGUCAUCUGGAUCCUGGCCACCUGCUUCUCCCUCCCACACGCGAUCUACCAGAAGUUAUUCACAUUUGAAUACAGCAAAGAAGUCACCCGAUGUUUGUGCCUCCCUGAUUUCCCUGAACCAGCCAACCUAUUCUGGAAGUACCUGGACUUGGCAACUUUUGUCCUUCUCUAUAUUCUGCCCCUUGUUAUUAUCUCGGUCACCUAUGUGAGCGUUGCUAAGAGGCUCUGGUUCCGCAAUGCCGUCGGGGACGUGACCGUCGAGCAAUACUUCGCCCUUCAGCGGAAGAAGAAGGCAACCAUUAAGAUGCUGAUAUUGGUGGUGGUCAUCUUUGCCGUCUGCUGGUUCCCCUUGAACUGCUACGUCGUCCUUCUCUCCAGCCAAGUUAUCCGCAGCAACAACGGGCUCUAUUUCGCUUUCCAUUGGCUUGCCAUGAGCAGCACCUGCUACAAUCCUUUCAUUUACUGCUGGUUCAAUGAGAAUUUCAGGGCGGAGCUCAAGAGCUGCCUCAAGGUGUGUCAGAAGAUCCCGGGCUUCAAGGGCCAAGGGCCGCCUCCUUCUACAGCUCUGUCCUACAGAAUGGCCUGGCCAGACAAUAGCAACUCCAAGGGGUCACCCGGCCUAUCGGCAUCCCAGUUCCAAUUGGGGAAAACUGCCUUGGCAUCUGUUGAACCUAUAGUUGCUAUGGGUUGAACGCUGUAGCAAAGUAAGCAAUGGUAGGUGGCCCUUAGCAGUUAGGAUUGUGUGUGAGCCUAGAGAAGAAGAGAGAGAAUGAUUUCCCAGAGUACCAUGUUUCCCCGAAAAUAAGACACUUAGGUCGAUUCCGCACUUGCGUUAUCAACCUAAGUUCGAGCUGCGUUCGACC